GUACUUGUCUUCUUCUUCGUGGUCGUUGUGUCAGUGGAUGUACGACAGGCCACCGGAGCAGAAAUUGCAGACGAUGGUUCGUGGCCAUCGGAUCAUGUAUUUCUGCUCUGGUCGCUUUGGCCCAACGUGGAAAGAGGACGGCAAGACGUUCAACGGGCCGCUGCGCGCUACUGAAAUGGCCGCAAACAAAGAUGCGCGGCAAUUGGGGGCAGCUGCAGCAGUGUCUAGUGAACGCUUGCAAGAAGUCUUUGAUCGACUAUCGGGCUCGCUUCCUUUCCAGGCUGUGACCCAAAAUGGUUCAAAUUGGCGCGCCCGAGUGAAAGUAAGCCAAGCAACUGUAUGUGGUCCGACACGGCAGUCCAAAGCACCUGCCGAAGAGGAUGCGCGCUUACUGCAGCAAGCGCAGCAAAUUUCGAGCGCAGAGGUGCAGAACGUGGCCCAGCGGUUGCAGCAGGAGGCUACGGGCAUGCGUGCUGAGGCGACUGUCACCAAACAUGGUUCAGGGUGGCGCGCUCGUGUGAAGGGUGCCCAGACACAAGUUAAUGGUCCUACCAGGCAGUCCAAGGCGGCUGCUGAAGUGGAUGCCGGUCGAUUGCAAGCUGCCCACCAGAGCUCCACCGAAGAGCUAUACAAACCGUGGCUGAGCGGCUGCAGCAGAUGCAUGAUGCUUUGGGACUGCAGCGACAGCAGAAACGUGCCAGACUGCGUGCGAGAAAUGCCGCAGAUAUCCGCAGAUGAUUUCGACGCUGAGGUGGCUUCUAAGAGCGUGCAGCUUCUGGUUUCAGCGAUUCAAGAUGUAGAAGGAUUAGCACCACGCAGCAAAGAUGUCUUAGAGAAACUUGCAAGCAACGACUGGGAUUACAUUGCACCAUUUGCUUUACUGAAUCAGCUUUAUGCAACCUAUGAAGGAAAAUUUAGACCUGGUGAAAGCGCAGAUGCUGGAGAAGCUUGUUGCUUGCUGUUGGAACGGUGUGUCUACGGAAGUGAUAUUGUGCAUCUGUUGCCUACAUCGAUUGCAAUGGCUCGGUGUGGCGACACUGUUACAGAACUGACGCGUGAGCAUUUUGCCGCAUGCCGGCCACCCAGUGAUGUGGCAAUUUUCGAAGUGGCACCCGUCGAUGGCGGCCGGGUGAGCUGGUCUCAGUUGUUGGUGGCACCGCCCUCUGGCGAGGGCAACAACUACCUCUACACAGUUUCGGGCUUUGUGGCGCAUGUAUCUGGAGGUCAUUUCGUGGCGUAUGUUCGCUCGCAGAAUCAAUGGCAGGCAGAAAUGGCCGACAAAGACAAUUGCCGCAUGUUGACGGAGAUUCCUGUGAAGGAUUGGAUUGGUUGCCCUGCCACCGUCUCAUCCUUGAGCGCUCUGGUGGGAGCCAUCGUGCCUGGACAAUUGCGGAAGUUGGAGACGGUCUUUGAAGUUGUAGGUUUGCAAGUUUUGGGCAUUUCGUCCGUGAAGACGGAAAUGGAUGUGUGGCUCAUUGAUUCCUGCGUGAAAUGCAAAAAGGCAGCACCGUGCGAGGCUCAUCCCACGGACGGCACCGAGAAGCGCUUCGCUCUCAGGCUCACGCUCGCAGAUUGCAACUGCCAGUGCACCGCCGUGCUUUACCACGAACUGGUGCUGCGAGCAGCCGCCAGUAUGGAUUGCGUGCUAUCCGAUACGGUGCACGUAUCGAAAGGUGAAGAUACCCCGGGACGCUGGAUCAGGGGCAACCAGCAGAUUUGGAACUAUUCACUAACUCUGGAGUUGGAGUGCCGUCAUCUGCAGCCGUGUUGGCGGGCCAGCGGAGCUGGCGCUGUCGUCAAGUUCGGCGCGCUGCAGCGGAAAGUCCCGCACUGCCAGUUGGACACUGGCUGUCCCGUGGCACCUUUGAACAUGCUGCAGGUCGAUGUCCAGUUGGGGUUGAUUUGUGUUGGUGAAGUGGAAGCUAGUUUCGUGCGAGCUCUGGUGGCCUUCAAUGACGUGCAGCUGCCUGAUGAAGAAGCUCUCCAGCAAGACAACACAGCCAUCUCGACGAUGCGGGUGAAGAGAUCCGUGGAUUGCCUGCUAUCUGGCGCCACCGAGACAAGCGUGACGCACCGGGCAAAGCUGCGGAGCGCUGGUCCCGCUUCGGCAGUCAAUUGGAUGUUGCAAGGCCGUGCGGGCGAAGCGCACUUGGUCGUCUUGGCCCACACCGAGGAAGAUGGCGAGUGGAGCUUGCUCUGGCACGUGCCGGUCGAUGCACACCGUGUGGAAGGGGCAUGGACACCAAUGAAACGACUCGCCAGCGUCGUCAAGCAAACGCCGGAAGAGACAACGAUGGCGGAGGUACUUUUCCGAUCUUCCAUCGUCGGGCCUGUGGCUGUAGGGCAGACCAGAGAGCACGGAAACGACAGCUGCCGUUUCGCUGCCCUGUGGGCUGCGUUCUCGCAGGUGCUCUCUCGGGACCUCGCAGCGACUUUAUCAACGUUGGCGGGUGAGCUGAGCCGAUCCGAUAGUGAAGAUACGCUGGAAGAGCAAGCUGCGGUGCUUCUCGAACUACCACGCAAACGCGCAGUUCUGCGAGAAGCUGCAGAAAGUUCCAUUGCCGGCUCUCGGCCAAGUCGCUGCCCCGCUCGGCUCUUUGCGCCCUUUGCCUUCCAGCAGACCUCCAACAAGUGCUGUCGACGACCACGUUCGCUGCACUGUGAUAGCUGGAAGCGUCGUCGCGGAGCUUUUCGUCCUCAGGGGCCAACCAUGGCUGCUGCCACUUCUGCAGCUUACAGCCCGCAGCCUGGCACCAGUCCGCUAUACGAAUUCUGCGAGCUCCAGACCCUGAUGCUACGAAAUUUGGACCAGGUUCAACUGAGAGACGUGGACCUUCGGUGCCCAGACAGUCCGUUAGCCAAGAAACUCGGCAACGUACUUUUCCGAUUUGUCAUCGUUGUUGGACCCGUGGCUGUAGGACAGGUACUUUUCCGAUUUGUCAUCGUCGUCGGACCCGUGGCUGUAGGACAGGCGCGCGCAGUACCAGUGCGACGAAGUCGCUGGACGCGCCCAAAGGCCGAAUGGCAAAAAAGGGCGUCGCCGAAGGAAAAGGUGGCAGCGAAGAAGAAGGCCUCUGCGACAGCAAAGGCGAAAGCCACCAAGCAGAAGAAAGCUGCGGAGGUAGAGGCCGCCGCCAAAGAGGUUGCAGAGAAAGGCGAAGAGGCGCUCGCCGAGAAAGACGCCCUCAAGUUAGAGCUGGGCACCUCAAAAAAAGAAAGGCGCCAGAAGAAGCAAAAGAAGGAAAGAAGGGAGCGCGCAAAAAAAAGCAAAAGGAGAACAGAGAAAGCGCCAAAAAGGCGCGGUAAGGGAACCCUCUCUGUAAUAGAUGUUGCACGGCAAUUUGAAGCGCACGAUGAGUUGUUGUCAUC